CUUUAUAGUACACCUUUCUUCCCUCCUGCAGAAGAUGCUUAUAAAAUCAGGAUCCGUAUUGAUGAUGAGCCUGCCAAUCUGGACAUUUUGGAUACAGCUGGACAGGCAGAGUUUACAGCCAUGCGGGACCAGUAUAUGAGGGCAGGAGAAGGGUUUAUUAUCUGUUACUCUAUCACGGAUCGUCGAAGUUUCCAUGAAGUUCGUGAGUUUAAACAGCUUAUUUAUCGAGUUCGACGUACUGAUGAUACACCUGUGGUUCUUGUGGGAAACAAGUCGGACCUCAAACAGCUAAGACAGGUCACCAAGGAAGAAGGCUUGGCAUUGGCCCGAGAAUUCAGCUGUCCCUUUUUUGAGACCUCUGCUGCAUACCGUUACUACAUUGAUGAUGUUUUCCAUGCCCUUGUACGGGAGAUACGUAGGAAAGAAAAGGAAGCAGUACUGGCCAUGGAGAAAAAAUCUAAGCCCAAAAACAGUGUAUGGAAGAGGCUAAAAUCACCAUUCCGGAAGAAGAAAGAUUCAGUAACUUGAAGAGAAGAUGUGAAGUGUUUAUCUGUGAACUGCAGUGCUGUUUCAAAGCAGUCCAGUAACCUGCAGUAAUGAGCAUGGUGCUUGCUCUUUCUCCUGUUAGGACCCUUGUUUUAAAAAUAACUGAUAAGAGGGACACGCCUACUAGGAGUUUUUAAUGAUGUGGUAUUUAAAGUAUUGUCUGUUAAGUAUGAUUUAUUAACCCAGUGGAGCACUGUCUGCUUUUAAAUUGUCACAUUAGAAUUUGCUCUACCAAUGUUUUAGGUUCUGUUGCGCUGAUAUUAAUUAAUGUAAUUUGUUUAUACCCAGGAGAAUAUGUUCAUAUACCAUGUAUGAUUGACUAAGUUCACAAGGGAAGUUUUUUGCCCUGCACUCCAUAUUAUCCUUCAAUUUCAGUUUCCUGGGACUAUCCCAGAGAAAGACCUCAGUCUCUUCCGUUCACACUAUGCUUCCUAGAGACUGAAAAAAAAUAAUGUAGGGAAAUCAGGGCUAAUGAGAUCAGUGCCAAAUUUCAGCAGAUACUGUGGGGCUGCCUCCUGUUGUAGACUGGAGGGUGAGAUGUGGGAAAGUUGGGCUGUCUGUUUGCAGGAACUUAAAAAGGUAGGCUCAGAACAGUAUUCUCAGUACAAGCUUGGCUUUUCUAAGAAGUGCACAUUUUACCCAAAUGCACUGGGAUGAGUGAGAACAGUCAGAAGCAUAUAAAAUGUGAUGAAGGUUUCUCCUAGGAAGUUAAUUUACUCCUCAUUUCAGGGUUUUCUUUUUUUACCUGCAAAGAUAGACAUUUUGAGAAUCAUAACUGUAUUACUAAACAUGUUCAAUCACAAUUUGCAGUUGGGUCAGCCCUUACCUUGUACAGGUUAAUUUUUUCCCCACAGGUACACACCCAACGUGUGUAUAUUAAUUGCCUCCUCCUACUUUGUGUUCUGUAGAAGAGCUACAGUGAAAAGAUGUUUUUUUCCGGCCCUUCAUCGCUGGUUGUGUUUUCCAUACAGAAGAGACACCAGGGGUUUGGGUAAAAUUUUACCCAAAAAAGAUUUUGUUAGAGCACCGAGUCUAGUGAUUGAUGUGGACAAUCACUAGACUCAGUGCUCUAACAAAAUCUCCUAUUUCUGUUUAAUGGGUCACUCUUAAAGCUUUAAAAUUCACAUAGGUGGCGUCUCAUCUGAAGAUUUCUUUACAAGGACUUUGCUAAGUUCACCUCAGGGUUAUCUGAGCCUUGACCAAGUUUAUCCUAAGGGAAUACCACUUUGCUUCCUGUGCAUAGUUGAGAAACUGUAGUCCUAGGAAGAAACAGCUUUAAAUAUUGGUAGUGAAUUCUCUGUUUUAAGAUCAGGACUGUUUUGAUAUCUGACCUUGUUAUAUGUGGAGAAUGCAAAAGUGCUAAGAGUAAUGUAUCACAUGUUGAAUAUUAAAUGUCACUGAAGCAAUGUUCGUGUCAACUAGAAACUAAGAAGAUGACUUUGUGUAGCACCUCUUGAUAAGCACGCAGCUCAUCUUAAUAUUUUCCAUUUUUAUUAGAGGAAGUAGGAGAGAGUUGUGUUUUUCUUUACAAACUGAUGAUAAAUGUUCUAGAUUUAAAGAAAAGUGACUGUUGGAACCCUUUUGGCUCUGAGUAGUGGUCCCUUUUGAAGCUCCUGGAAACAUUUUUGUUACCAAAUAAAUCAUGCUUUAUGGUACUCAAGCCAUCCAAAAAUGAAA